GCUCUAUCUCUCGUACGUAGCUCCUUCUUCUCUUUUUCUUUUCUUUUGCCGGUUGUUCGUCAAAAAAAAACUUAUACAAUAGACUUUCUCAUGGAUCCAUCGGAUCGAAUCCAUCUUGGUACGCUAGUGGCAAAACUACGGUCAGAUAAUGACAGACGCCGAUAUACCCGACUACUUGCUAUUUCACAAGAUGUACAAUCACGUAUCAGGGAGCUGCAGCGCAGUCAACACCAACAAUGGACAGCGUAUGAUGAUGAGGAUGAUAGUUGGAUCGAAUUGUAUUUUCCUUUGAACAGUGACACGGGAACCGCUGCUGACACCUACCAGCCAAAACUACGUCCGCGUAUCCGUCUCGCUGAGCGAUCACACAGCUUGCGAAGAGACAUAGAUCAGUUAUCAAAGCAAUACUCUACCCAUUUUGUAUUUUCACGAACCAUGCUGAUACCCGCUCCAACUUUGCACCCAUCGAUAUCAACGCAGCACACUGCUUGCUUUGAGGAUAUCGAACGAUCUUGUAGUCCUGGCUUACCAUGCAAUUCUCUUUCAACGUCACCUUCAAUGCGCAGCGAGGUGUCGACCGACUGUGACUCGUUAUUCAGUGCCGUCGAAGGAGCUUACUUGUCGGAUAUUUCCGCAAACAGUAGUUUUAUUCCUCCCACUGACUCUUCCCUAUUUCCCUCCUUGACUGUAAAGAUAUCUGGCAAGCAAGCAACGGAUCGAUCCUUCCAUCACCAACCACUUACUCCUCCUUACACUCCACCUGAUUCACCACGAGACUCGUUACCUUGUUCAAUCACACACAUACAAAAGAAAAUACAGGGUUUGAGAGGAUUAUUGACGCGAAGUUUUAUGCUGAACAACAUCCUCGUUUAUCCCCACAUCAAUAUGGCCCCUUUAGAACCCAGCAAUUACCAAUUUCAGAAAGCCAUGGAUGUGUCAACCCACCAGCCAAAAGCGGUGCUGAAGCUGGCUCUCAGCAAAACCAUUCCGUUGGCUGAAGAAGAGCAUUUGAGCUGCUAUGGAUUCACUUUCUCCACACCAAAACAAAAAUCGUCAUCCUCAGAAGACUAUGUAGCCUCCCUUUCGCUGAUACCGAAUUCGCUGGUCAACAUGGCAUUGCUCAGUUGGACAAAACACAUGGGUGACAGACUUCCACCCUUAUCUGAUGUCUCCCAUAUCUUUCGAUUGGGUAUCAAAAUUUAUCUUGUUUAUAACGAUUCAGGCUUCCGCAUGACAUAAUAUGCCUAUAGUUUCGCAGCCCCGCUUUGAAGAUCCAUGUUGACCAAUGCUUCGAGCUGUUGGAUGGCUUCCGCCGAUUUCCCGAGUUUGACCUCUAUAUUGUAUCAUAAUUUGUAUCAAUAUUAUGCAUCUCUUUUGCUGGUUCUU